AUGUGUUUUCUCCUCUACUUUUGCUGUUUCUUCUUGCAGGAGACAGAGCAUGUGGUACCCAGCCAGCCAGAGUGUCGGGGGAGAACAGGAACACAAGUCCACGAGAGUCCACAAAAUCACCCUUUCAGGUGCCAAGAAACAGUGCGAGUUCAACAAAGACUCGACCAGAGGGCUACCAUUUGGUCAAAGGACACUUUUGAGACUCGGCAAGAGUUAAAUGAGGAAGAAGCUGCUCAGGUGCAUGGACUCAAGGACCCAGACCCAGUGUCGACACAGAGUGUGCUUGCGGAAGGCGCAGAUGUUGCAGACCCUGCACCAGCCCACAAAGAUGGGCAGAAUGAAGCAGACAGUGCACCAGAAGACCUCCAGUCUGUCGGGACUAGCAGGCUUCUCUAUCACAUCACUGACGGUGAUAACCCACUGCUGUCACCACGAUGCUCCAUCUUCAGCCAAAGCCAGAGAUUCAACUUAGACCCUGAAUCAGCCCCUUCUCCACCCAGCACUCAGCAGUUUAUGAUGCCACGAAGUUCUUCACGGUGUGGCUGUGGUGAUGGCAAGGAGCCACAGACCAUUACCCAGCUCACCAAGCACAUCCAGAGCCUCAAGCGAAAAAUUAGGAAAUUUGAAGAAAAAUUUGAACAAGAAAAGAAAUACCGGCCUUCACAUGGUGACAAGACUUCUAAUCCUGAAGUCCUGAAAUGGAUGAAUGAUUUGGCUAAAGGUCGUAAACAACUUAAAGAACUAAAGCUGAAAUUGUCAGAAGAACAAGGGAGUGCUCCCAAAGACCCACCUAGAAACCUGUCCUGUGAGCAAUCUGCAGUCCCCAGAGAGAAUGGGAAGCCAGAAGCUGUGGGCCCUGAGCCAAGCUCCUCUGGAGAGGACACUCCUGAUACUGUGCUGACAUGCCUAAAGGAGAAGACAGAGCAACUUCCUGCUCAGGAGGAUUCUAAGGUAGCUAAGCAAGACAAGAACCUCAUAAAGCCUCUUUAUGACCGAUACAGAAUUAUCAAGCAAAUCUUGUCAACACCUUCCCUUAUUCCAACAAUUGAGGAAGAAGACUCUGAUGAAGACUGUCCACAGGGAAGCCAACAACCUUCUCUGCCAGAUACAGCAUCUCACCUGCCUAUUGGCGACCACCUCACCUUCUCUAAUGAGACGGAACCUAUUAGGGUCCUGCUGUCAGAUGAAAAAAAAGAAGCCAAACAACCAGCCCUAUCCAUGUCCAAUUUACAUGAGGCCACUAUGCCUGUACUUCUUGACCAUCUCCGAGAAACUAGGGCUGACAAGAAGAGACUUCGGAAAGCCUUAAGAGAAUUUGAAGAACAAUUUUUUAAACAAACGGGAAGAAGUCCACAAAAGGAAGAUAGGAUACCGAUGGCAGAUGAGUACUAUGAAUACAAGCACAUAAAAGCCAAACUGAGACUAUUAGAGGUCCUCAUCAGCAAGCAAGAUGUGGCCAAAACCAUCUGAGGUUCAGGAAAUAUUUGUGCUCACUUUCAACCAGGAUAAGGCCAAGUUUCUUUACCUAUGACAUUCUUGCUAAGUAGUUUUGACAUACUGAGAAUCAAAGCACUUUAGUGGUAGUAUUAGCUGUUUUUAAGAAGGGAUGGCAAGUGUAAUUAUAAAUGAGGAUGGAAGAGUUAAAUGGGGGAAAUAUACUAACAAUAUAAUUGGAAAAAUUGCUCCAUGCCAAGGAGAAAACACAUGGUCAGUAUAAUUAUUUCAAAAACCAUCUUAAUAUUUUAUCAAAUCUAAAUAAUACUUGUUCAGUGGGCCACUUGUUAGGAAAAGUCUAUUUUGUGUCCAAAAACUGCUUAUGUUAAAGUGUGGAAAAGAGCAUGAUUUUUUAAAAAAUCAAUAAGGAUGAAAAGAAACUUUUCUUUUUAUGUAGGAAGGAAUAUGGCUAGUAAGAAUUUAAUAUAUUUAAAAAUUCUAAUAGAUUUUUAAGUGAUAAAAAAUCUACCUUGUCCCUUAAGUCUGCUAGGCUAUCAGUAAAGCAUACUAGAAUGUGUCACUGCUAAUUUUUUAUUUCUAUAUAAAAAUAGCAGAUUUUACCUGUUAUUUGAGAUUUUACAUUUCUGGUUACCAAAGUUCAUUCUGAUAGCAUGUACUUUGUGAAUUAGCUUUGUCUAUAAUGACAGAUGUUUAUAUUAAAGUAAACUAUUGUAUUAAAAUUUAAAAAUAGGUAUUUUGGGAUAGAUUCGUGGUCUGCAGUAUAUAAUUCUAAUGUGAUCAUAGUUAUGAUUGCUAAUCUUUUUGUUUACUAUAAGAGCAUAUAACUAUUUUUGCAUUGGGAAUAUGCAUUUUUCUUAAUGUUCCAAAGUCUGUACUUUGUAUAGUCACAAAGCUUUCUCAUGAGUUGUAGGUAUUCUUCAUCUUGCACAAAAUUUGUAAAUUGCUGACACCUUGGAAAAGAAAGCUAAAUAUUUUAUUUGCUUCAUCAACUUUAGUGCAUAUGGUUUUGUGUUAUUUUGUACUAAAACAUGCGUUUAUUAUUUUGCCUUUGUAAAAAUAAGAGGCAACAUUUUCUCUCUUGUAACAACCAUGUUUGUAUUUCUGUUUUCUGUAAUGUUUAAGCAUGAUGUUGAACAAAUUCACAUUUUCAUAUAGUUUGGGUGGGAAGAAUAUUGACUUUCAGAAGUAGAGUAUUUCAGAGGCUUAUUGUUUUCUCUGUAUUUACCUGGUAUUUUAUAACUUUUAUGAAUCAGAAUGAUGUCCUUCAUAAAUUUGUUUAAUUGAAGUCAUCUACUUGUAACAGGACAGAUACACAACUAUUUGAAGUUUACAAACUACAUCUUUGAUAAGGGAAAUGGUUUCAUGACAUGUAUACAAUUGCUAUUAAAAUGUAACUCUAUAUAUUCUAUAUGAUUGUAAAUAUUUUAUACAACAAUACAAAUAAAAUAUUUUUCUAUUAUAUUUAUUAUGUUGAAACACAAUAGUUGUUUCCUGUUAGCUAAUAUAAAUAACAUAAAUAACACUGUCAAACAACAAGUUGGAAGUGUUGACAAUUCUAGGCUUCAAGAUUUAACUCAUGCUGCAAUUACACCCUUUCAUGCGGUUUGGAGUUAUCCCAAUAUUUGUUCAGUAGAUUAAAAUGAAUGCAUAUUUAAACACCA